CCUUUUUUUUUUUUUUAUUCAUCAAUCCUUCAUAUCAUGGCAACUGAAGAUAUAAAGUCUGAUCUAUCACCUUCAUUACCUCCUUCUAUUGAAAAUAAUGAUAAAGACAACAACUCCACUUCUUUUGAUCUUCCGCAGCAAACCGAUGGUACUUCCUCACCUAGACGUAUAAACGACAAAAAGAAGAAAAACCAGACAAAGAAAAAGAAGAAACCUUAUAAACCUGCUUAUCUUGAUGCUAUUCAACAAGAAAUCGAUGAUCUUAAGCAAGAAGCUCGUUCUACUUAUGAACAACAAGCUCGUCAAAAUGCUGAAGGUGAGAUCGCUGAAAACGAAAAUGAACUUUUGGAGAAACGACUUGCCACAUCUGCUACUAUUGACAAAUUGGAAGCUCUCAAACUUAAACUCUCCACUCCAGAAAUGCUUCAGCGAUCUUCUCAAGAAAAUGGUAUUUAUUCUGCUACUAUACGACAGGAAUCCGCAAAACAAAACAGCAAUAUGACAACUCGAUUUCAACAAGAAACUUUGACUCUGUUACAUUUCUUUUAUAUUGUACGUUUAGCUCAACAAGGUUUCUUCACCAUCAUUUCUCAAAGUUAUCCCAAUAUUGAACCCAAUGCGCUAAUCCAUUUAUGUGACAAACUCGUUGGUGGCUCCCUUUUUGUGGUCAAGGAUCCUUCAGAACAUGUACGACAAUCUAAAAAUAAUGAAGUCUUCCAUCUAUUAAAACAACUACAUGACGGUUCAACUCAACCUAUUGAUACUGGAUUCUCAACUACAUUUGAACAAAUUCGCCAUUUAAUCUAUGACUUCAUCGAAUCAACAACAACUAUGACAUCUCCACCUUCUUCUCAUCAGAAGCAACAAACUCUAUCUGAACAAAAAGGGAAUAUUUUAGAUCAUACUGAAUCACAACCUUCUCGUUUACCAUUACCGACAUCACUUUCUACUAGUUCAACACAACAACAACAACAACAACAACAACAACAACAACCUGUAUGGCUAGUAGUACCUUUCCAUGGUAUGAUCAAUGAACUACCUUUAAUGGAUUCAUCAACUGAUCAACAAUCUGCACAAACGACAAAGAUCAAGCCUGGAAUAUCUGUUCAAGAUUCUCGGAAAAGGGAUAACAAGAAAACAACCACUGCUACAGAUGUUAGGAAAGGACAUGGAUCUGGUUUUGACCAAAAUGGUAUAUCCUCCUCUACAGCAGCCAACUUGAAUAUAUUGGAAUCACAAGAAAAUGGAUCAACAACACAACCAUUGGAUCAAGUGGAUGAAAGUAUAUCGACAACAGUAAAGACGAUCGAGGUACAGUCAGAUAUUCCCGUUGCUUCUACUUCUCCCCCUACUGAUACCCCGUUGGCAAUCGAUACAACAAAAGAUGUGAGCACUACUGAUACUGUUGAAACGACAUCAUCUGUUUCGGAGACGACGGAUGCUACGAAAGACGACAACAAAGAAAAUGAUAUCAACAAAACACAAGUGGAAAUGGAAACAUCAGCAACAGGAUUCACCAGCAAUGGCGACAAAAAUAGUAAUACCAAUAAAGUUGGCGAAGAUACGUCGUCAUCAGGCUGGGGAAGUGUACCAACUACAAUAUCAUCAUAUACAACUGGUAAACCAGAUCAAGAGAAUGAACAACCUGAAGAAGAUAAUGGAUGGGGAACUCGUGACCUGAGUACCAAUGAACCACCUGUAUGGGAAGGAAAAUUACCUGACGAUCUAGUAGGACCUGGAGAUGAAACAAUCACUGGCGAUGUAGCAAACAGUCAAUGGCGAACAACAGACACUUUUGGUGGUCAACGACGAAUGGAUGGUCGUGGUGGCCGCAUGUCCUCUUAUCGUGGUCGAGGUGGAUCUGCGCCUAGGGGUUCUGGAGGAUAUCGUCCUUAUGGUCGAGGUGGUGAUUUCCGAGGUGGUCGUGGUGCAAGCCAUAUGCGGAGAGGCUCAAGUGGACACAGUGGUGGUGCCAGUGAUUGGAACAAAUCAAGAUCUCCUCGCUCUGAAUGA